GAAAACAAACAAACAAAAAAACCAACAACAACAAACAAAUGUGUACAGUUCAAGAAGAGAAACAACAAUUGGAAUGGCUCUGGGCUCAAAAUUCAAAGAUACUGGGCAUUGGAGGCAGAACUGUGGUUAACAGCUGGAGAAAUCAGAGAUCAGAUACCCAGCAAAAUGAAACAAGGUUUGGCUGGUGAGAUGGAGGAUGGCCAGAACCAUCCAUGAAUGAAGAGAUCAGCACAGAAAGGAGACACUGAUGCAUGGCAGGGAUGGCUGAGUCAAAGCACAGAGUAAUCCCAAGACCUUCCCCAUAUUUAGUGCUGGAAUUCAAAAAAACCCAGAAGUAGCAAAGGGUGCAUAUUUUAGUUUGGGGUAUCCAGUAAAUCUAAGCCUUCAGCAUUCAGCUCCUCAGGCUUUUCCAGUCAGAUUCCAUGUUCCUAGAAGGCAAUACUGUUUACAGACUAUGCGUUAUCUGGACCGAUUUUAAGUCAACCUCUGUCUGCCUCCUUUCCUCCAAAAGACUCCACAAAAAGGAGAUGCAGAUGUGUUCUAACUAACAACUUGACCUUCUGCAACUGAAAAGUUAGUCAGACUUGCACACGUAUGUGUUGCACAGUUGAAGGCUGAAUCUGUAACCUGCCUCGUAUUUGUGGCCUCACAUAGUUGAAUUAUGUGGACAGAAAGAGUUCAGAUAUGAGUUCAAAUACAAACACUUCACAGAAUUGCAGAAUCACAGGGGUUGGAAAGGACCUCUGAAGACCAUCUGGUCCAACCCCCAGUUAUGCCUUCCUUAUGACCAGUGUUUUACUUAGAAAGGGAAAGGAGAGGCUGAAUUCUUGGCAGUGUCUCUACUGGCAACGCCUUGGCUAGCAAAGCCUGGCAGACACUGGAUUUCAUAGGUAUUUAAAGAUGGCUCUUUUGUUUUUAUUAAUCGCAGAUUAAUUUCCAGGACUUUGGAUUUCUCAUGUGACAGAGAGGCUGUUGUAGCCAAUGGAAAAAAUGUUGACUGCCUGGUGAUAUUUCAGUUUGCUCAUAUUAAUAAAAAAGCAUUUUACUAGCAUCAAAGAAAGAUAAUAAGAGCUUUUCAGCUCUUGACCAGUGAAGAAUAGCAUACUUUCUUUUUUUGUUGUUUUGUUUUUUUAAUGGUGAAGCUUUUCAAGGACGACCCUUGACUCUGGUGUGCUCAAAUGAAAUGGCUUUAAGCCAUCCUGAAAUUAAGGUUUUAGCAAACAAACACAGAAGUCUUCAGAGGCUUCCACCACAGUGCUUGUUAUCUUUCUGCUGUUGUAUCAAUGUGAAAUUCAGCUAUGUGAGCUGAGGAUUACAUAAGAACUUUCAGCUUCUGAUUAGUAUCUUAAUGCUGAGUUUCUUUCCUGUCGUUCCUUUAUUUGUGGAAGAACAGUUAAUGUGAACCUCGAGUAAAAGGUGACUACUCCAACAAAGCCACGUUGCUUCUCACAGCACAAAUGUGCCAUCCAUCAGCAUCAGCGCCUGCAGCAUCCCACUGCUCAGACAUGCUGUGAAUAGCCUGACUGAAGAACAUCCAGGGAAAUGAUGAAGCCACAGCUUCAUCCUGUGUUUGAACUCCUGGUGCCCAGGAGUGAAGCAGAGCUCUUAGGGAUAUCAGCCCAGAUAUCUUCAAGCAGCCCGCAGGUGAGUGAAGCUUGGUUUCUGGGUCCAUUGCAGAGGGAUACUGUGCCCUCCUUCAUCACCCCAUGUCAGCAUUUCCAAAGCAUGGUACAAGGAUUUCUACUCAAUCCAGCUCACCCAUGAAGUUAAUUCUGCAUCUAUGCAAGUCAGGAGCUGGUUAAUCAAGGCUCAAAAAAACAACACUGGAAACUAAAACUGGAAGGUUUUUGGUCUUCUUUUCGCAGUGCAGGAUGACAAUUUUAUACACUCCCCUUAGAAGGCUUGAGAGAGGCAGGGCAUUUAUCCCAUUUCCCCUUGACAAAACCCAACCCACUGGUGCUUCCACGUUCCAUAAACUGGGAAAUCCAUGAAACCCCUGCAGCAACACCGGAGCUGACAGCAAGGUUGGCCAACUACUCUGCUUUAGCGGCUUCAUUCAAAACUAAUGCGUGCUGAAUUAGCACCCAGCUAGUGCCUCGGGGCCUAGAAGGGGUUCAUAAUCACCUACACGCAUCUCAAAGUAACGACAAGCAUACAGCGAAUCAGAGGGAAAAAGAACGACAGCCCGAGGGCCGCCUCAGCCCGCGGCGCCCGGAGGUGCCGUAGUGGCCGCCAGCCGGGCUCGGGGCGGCGCCGCGUGCGGCUGCGGGGAGCGGAUCGGGGCCGCGAUAAAUGCCGGCGCAGCCGUGUGAGCGCUUCAGCGGUAGUAGUUCUGUUUUCUCCUUCGGAACCCAAACCUCCUCCUCCUCCGCCACCGCCACCUCAGUACGUGUAAUGGAAAGUCAGAGGCGAUAGAGAACGUGGCAUCCGCCGCCUCGCAUCCACGGGUGGCAGCGGGCGAGCCGCCUUCCCGGGCAAACGACGGCAUCGGCGAAGCGUGCGGGCGGGAGGCCGCUCUCGCUCUAAGCUCCCCGCCGGCGGGGCCGCCCCGGUCCUCCCCCCGCUCUCCCCCCACCCGGUGCCGCUCCCCGUCCUCAUCCCGCCAACGGGCGGACGGAAGCGCGUGGCGGCGGCCGCGCCAUGCUGUACGGGCCGGCGGCCGCGUCCCCCCGCGCCCUGGGCCGGCUCCGCGGCGUGCCGCUAACGGGACGGGGCGAGGCCCGAGGGAGGAGGGCUCGGCUCGCCGCCUGCCCACGUCCCCUCCCCGGCCGAGGAGGAGGAGGAGAAAGCGAGCGGGGGCCAAGCCGAUCAGUUAGGAGAGGGUUUGAAAGAGCCCUCCUCCCUCCCCCCCGGAGGGGAAAAGGAAAGCGAGAGCCGUGGCGAGCGGCCGAGGAUGAUAACUUAGGGCGGGAGGGCGGGCGGCCGUGCCUCGGGUGGGAGCUGCCCGCGCUGCCCCGUCCCGGGCGAGAGCGGCUCCGAGGGAGGCAGAGAUGUCCGGGGGCGCGGCGGGGAGCGAGGGAGAGCCCCAGGUGCGGCCCGAGGGGAAGGAGAGGCAGAGGAAGAGGAGGAGGAGGAGGAAGAAGAAGGAGAGCAAGACGCGGCUGGUGCGCUCCAGCCUGCUGCCACCUGAGGCCGAGGCGGAGAAAUCCAAGCGGCCCGCCCUGGCCAGCAACCGCCUGAAGACCACCAAGUACACGGCCCUCUCCUUCCUGCCCAAGAACCUCUUCGAGCAGUUCCACCGCCUGGCCAAUGUCUACUUCGUCUUCAUCGCGCUGCUCAACUUCGUGCCGGCCGUCAACGCCUUCCAGCCCGAGCUGGCUCUGGCCCCCGUGCUCUUCAUCCUGGCGGUCACGGCCAUCAAGGACCUGUGGGAAGACUACAGCCGCUACCGCUCCGACCAGGAGAUCAACCACAUGGAGUGCCUGGUGUACUGCAGGAAUGAGAAGAAAUAUAUAAGCAGAUACUGGAAAGAAGUGAAAAUUGGAGACUUUGUUCAGCUUCGCUGUAAUGAAAUCAUACCUGCUGACAUCUUGCUGCUCUCUUCAAGUGAUCCUGAUGGGCUAUGCCAUAUAGAAACAGCUAACCUGGAUGGUGAAACUAACUUAAAACAAAGACAGGUGGUGAGGAGGUUUUUAGAGCUGGACUCAGAAUUUGACCCCUUGAAGUUCACCAGUGUCAUUGAAUGUGAGAAUCCUAACAACGACUUAAGUAGGUUUCGAGGUUCCAUUGUACAUAAAAGUGGAAAAAAGGAUGGACUGUUCAAAGAAAAUCUUUUGUUACGUGGAUGUACUAUUAGAAAUACAGAAGAAGUUGUAGGAAUUGUAAUCUAUGCAGGGCAUGAGACCAAAGCUUUGUUAAAUAAUAAUGGACCUCGUUAUAAACGCAGUAAGCUUGAAAGACAGAUGAAUGCUGAUGUCCUUUGGUGUAUCCUUAUACUUCUCAUCAUGUGUCUGUUUUCUGCCAUUGGUCACGGGCUGUGGGUAUGGCAAUACGGUGAGAAGAAGAAACCAGUUUUUGAUGUUCCAGGACCUGAUGGCAAAUAUUUGUCUCCUGUUCUAGCUUCAGUGUAUUUAUUUCUGACAGCAAUCAUAGUUUUUCAGGUUAUGAUUCCAAUUUCUUUGUAUGUUUCCAUUGAAAUAGUUAAAAUCUGCCAAGUGUACUUUAUUCAUCAAGAUAAAGAUUUAUAUGAUGAAGAAACAGACUCUCAGCUGCAGUGCCGAGCUUUAAAUAUCACAGAAGACUUAGGUCAGGUGCAGUUUAUCUUUUCAGACAAGACUGGGACGCUUACUGAAAAUAAGAUGGUUUUCCGAAGAUGCACAGUUUCUGGAAUAGAGUAUUCCCACGAUGAUAAUGCCAAACGCUUAGCGAUGUACCAAGAACCUGAUUCUGAGGAAGAGGAAGCAGCUCCAAAAGGAGGAACUUUAUCACAGCGUGACAGUAUCUGCAGCCACCAGAGCAUCAAAGUAAUUCACAGAAGCCAGAGCACCAAAACCCACCGCCGCACAGGAAGCAGAGCUGAAGCAAAAAGAGCAAGCAUACUGUCGAAGCAUACUGCGUUCAGUAGCCCAAUGGAGAAGGACAUCACACCAGAUCCUAGCUUGUUAGAAAAGGUGAAUGAAUGUGCAAAGCAUCUGGAGAUCAUGAGGGGCCACGAACAGCCAUUAUCACAUCUGAGUCCAGAACUGUGUGAUAUUUUUGACUUCUUCAUUGCUUUGACUAUCUGUAAUACUGUUGUGGUUACUGCUCCAAAUCAGCCCCGACAGAAGGUUAGAGACCGAUUUGAACUAAAAUCUCCUGUAAAAACCAUAGAAGACUUCAUCCGAAGACUCACUCCAAGUCGCUUGACCUCUGGAUCUAACAGCAGCAGUUCAUCCAGCCUAGCUACAAACAAAUCAAUGCAUAGAUUUGGUUUAAGUAUACUUUCAUCAACAUCUACUGAGAGCACUUUAUUAAAACUGGAAGAGAAGCUGGCAUACUCUGCACAGAUGAAUAACAAUGGCUACAGCUCCCAGCAAGGCAGGAUGGCUGUCGGGAGCGGGCCUGAGGAAGGAGAGCUCCGUUAUGAAGCAGAGAGUCCAGACGAAGCUGCUCUCGUCUAUGCAGCAAGGGCAUAUAACUGUUCUCUGGUUGGAAGGCUGUCUGACCAGGUAUCAGUGGAGCUACCUCACCUGGGAACAUUAAACUUUGAAGUAUUACAUACAUUGGGCUUUGAUUCCAUCAGGAAGAGGAUGUCAGUAGUGGUCAGACAUCCUCUCACGGAUGAAAUAAAUGUUUACACUAAAGGAGCAGAUUCAGUUAUUAUGGAUCUCCUUCUGCCUUGUUCUUCAGGUGACCCUCGGGGCAAACAUCAAAAGAAAAUCCAAACCAAAACCCAGAAUUACCUUAAUCUGUAUGCUGUAGAUGGGCUGCGAACCCUCUGUAUUGCAAAACGAGUUCUGAGCAAAGAGGAGUAUGCUUGUUGGUUAAAAAGUCAUCUGGAAGCAGAAUCUUCUAUUGAGAAUCGUGAAGAACUUCUGUUUCAGUCAGCACUGCAGAUAGAGAAGAAUUUGCAUCUGCUAGGUGCCACUGGUAUUGAAGACCGUUUACAGGAUGGUGUUCCAGAAACCAUUGCAAGCUUGCGCAAAGCUGGGUUGCAGAUUUGGGUUCUUACUGGAGACAAGCAAGAAACUGCUGUUAAUAUUGCAUAUGCCUGCAAGCUACUAGAUCAUGAUGAGGAAAUCAUCACUUUGAAUGCUGAAUCACCAGAGACAUGUGCUAUCUUGCUGGAGCAGUGUCUGCAAUGCAUAGAAUCUAAAUUUUCAAACAACACAAUAGACGAAGCUACUGGAAACAUGACUGUUGGGUUCACCCCUCUCUAUCCACCCUCUUCCCCUGUGCUUUCCAGCUUGGGCCUAGUGAUUGAUGGAAGGACUCUAGCUUAUGCCCUGGAACCUACAUUAGAAGAUAAAUUUCUUGCACUAGCCAAACGGUGCCGUUCAGUUCUGUGUUGUCGCUCUACUCCACUCCAAAAGAGCAUGGUAGUGAAACUGGUCAGAGAUAAACUCAAAGCAAUGACCUUGGCAAUAGGUGAUGGUGCUAAUGAUGUCAGUAUGAUCCAAGUUGCAGAUGUUGGUGUGGGGAUCUCCGGUCAAGAAGGCAUGCAGGCGGUGAUGGCAAGCGACUUUGCAAUCCCGAGGUUCCGACAUUUAGAGAAGCUCUUGCUUGUUCAUGGUCACUGGUGUUAUUCCCGACUUGCCAACAUGGUGCUGUAUUUCUUUUACAAAAAUGCAAUGUUUGUGGCCCUUCUUUUCUGGUACCAGUUCUACUGUGGGUUCUCCGGCUCAUCCAUGGUUGACCAGUGGUAUCUCAUCUUCUUUAAUUUGCUUUUCUCUUCUCUUCCACAACUGAUUACUGGUGUGCUGGAUAAGGAUGUGCCAGCUGAAGUGUUACUAUCUGUACCUCAGCUUUAUAAAAGCGGACAGAAUAUGGAGGAGUAUCAGCCACACAUGUUUUGGAUGAACAUGAUUGAUGCUAUGUAUCAAAGCCUUGUUUGCUUCUUCAUCCCUUAUUUUACUUACUAUGAUUCGGAGGUGGAUAUUUUCUCCUGGGGAACUCCCAUCACCACAACAGCGCUUUUCACCAUCAUACUACAUUUGGCUAUUGAAACCAAAACUUGGACAUUCCUCCACUGGUCAUCUUGCAUCUUCAGUAUCCUUUUAUUUUUCUUUGUGGCUCUGGUUUACAAUGCUUCCUGCCCAGUAUGCCAUCCUCCAUCCAAUCCCUACUGGACUAUGGAAAGGCUGAUGGGAGACCCGAUAUUCUACUUCACUUGCAUUAUAUCACCAGUAGUUGCAUUGCUGCCCAGAUUUCUGUGCAGAACCCUUCAGGGAACACUAUUCCCAACGCAGCUUCAGCUUGGACGCCAGUUGAGUAAACUAUCUCCAGAGAUUCGCACCCAGCUUCUGACCAAGUUGAAUGUCAAAAAAGGACCAAUACAUCAGACACAAUCCUUUGCAAACAGCUUCUCACCAAACCUUGUCUCAAAUGCCAGUGACGGUUUUAAGCCUUACAACCAAAACACACCUUCACCAGCAUCUCCAACAAAUGAGUCACUUUUCCAAGAGCACAAAAAGGCAGAACGUGCAACAGAUCUGAAUGUGUCUGCAUCUCCUCAGAGUGCUCUGUUUUAUGAAGAAAGCAGUCUCCCCUCAUCAGCACAUAGCCAGGAAAGGUCUGUGGGAUUUCGUGAAAUUACUCACAGCACUUCAGAGAUGGAGUUGUCUCCCAUGGGAGCAACUUUCCCAUGGAGCUCAGCAGUCGACCAAACAGACUUCAGUUUGUUGAAGUGGAUCACAUCAACUCCACUGUUCAGCCGCUUUGGAACUGUUUUACAGGUGUCAUCAAGUAGUUUACAAAAUGAAACACAAGACGGUAUGUGUGUGCUUGGCUCUUCCUUGCAGGAGGACUUCAAAGACUUAAAAGAACAGAGCUCAAAUAACUUCCAGGAUAAAAUGAAAGGGACCCCAGCUGACCAUUGGAAAAGUGACAAUUCUGAGUCCACCUUUUUAUGACAUGGGCCUCAAAUAUAUUUAUAUAUUUUCUAUUUGCACACAUUUAUAGUAAGAUUACUCUAUUUGUUUCCAAAAAUGAAACAGAAAAUCAAAGGUACAGAGUGAUUAUUUAAGAAUGUUUAAAUACAAUAUAUUGAAAUAAGAGCUUUAAAUAUAAAAAGAAACACUUGAAUGUUCCUUUUAUAUGAUUUUUUAUUUUUUCAUCUCAUUUUGUAAGGAAAUGCCGUCUCUUUAUUUUUCAGAUGCUUCUCUUUUAUUCUGACACAUACUGUAAAAAUAAAGGACCCAUCUAACAUAUCCAAAAGGAUUCGAUUCAGCACCAAUCAUUGAUACCAUUAUAGGCCAUUCAGUAAUCAAAGAUGCAAAACCAUGAUAACAGCACACUGCAUUCCAUCCGUUGUCUGCUCGCCGCGGGGUUUUGUCAUAGGGGCAAAACAUUUGGCAAGACUGUGGAAUUAUGGCACACGUCUCUGUAAAUGUUAACAGUAUCUUACCACCGCAUGAAUAAUACUGGUAUUUUAUAAGUGACACCAUAUUUUGAUAUUGCAGCCGUAGCAUUUUUAUGUGUCAUGAUAAAACAAUAAAUAAACGACUAUCCAUAUUGUAAA